AACUUCCAGGUUAAUAGGGAGGAUGUUUGAUCGGAAUAAAUAUAAAUUUUUUUCUUAUUUCUAUUUUAUGAUUGACCAAUAUAAACAUAAACAACUUCAAAUUGGACUCGUUUCCCCUCAACAAAUAAAGGCUUGGGCUAAAAAAAUCCUACCUAAUGGGGAAGUCGUUGGCGAAGUCACAAGGCCCUCCACUUUUCAUUAUAAAACCGAUAAACCAGAAAAAGAUGGAUUGUUUUGCGAAAGAAUCUUUGGACCCAUAAAAAGCGGAAUUUGUGCUUGUGGAAACUCUCGAGCGAGCGUAGCUGAAAACGAAGACGAAAGAUUUUGCCAAAAAUGCGGGGUAGAAUUUGUUGAUUCUCGGAUACGAAGAUAUCAAAUGGGAUACAUCAAACUAGCAUGUCCAGUGACUCAUGUGUGGUAUUUGAAAGGUCUUCCUAGUUAUAUUGCGAAUCUUUUAGAUAAACCCCUUAAGAAAUUGGAGGGCCUAGUAUAUGGUGAUUUCUCUUUUGCUAGGCCCAGCGCUAAAAAACCUACUUUCUUACGAUUACGGGGUUUAUUCGAAGAUGAAAUUUCAUCCUGUAACCACAGUAUUUCUCCCUUUUUUUCUACCCCAGGCUUUGCAACAUUUCGAAAUCGGGAAAUUGCAACAGGAGCAGGCGCUAUUAGAGAACAAUUAGCAGAUUUAGAUUUGCGAAUUAUUAUAGAGAAUUCUUUGGUUGAAUGGAAGGAAUUAGAAGACGAGGGGUAUAGUGGAGAUGAAUGGGAAGAUAGAAAAAGACGAAUAAGAAAAGUUUUUUUGAUUAGACGCAUGCAAUUGGCGAAACAUUUUAUUCAAACAAAUGUAGAACCAGAAUGGAUGGUUUUGUGCUUAUUACCGGUUCUUCCUCCCGAAUUGAGACCCAUUGUUUAUAGAUCUGGGGAUAAAGUAGUGACUUCAGAUAUUAAUGAACUUUAUAAGAGAGUUAUCCGUCGGAACAACAACCUUGCCUAUCUAUUAAAAAGAAGUGAAUUAGCACCAGCAGAUUUAGUAAUGUGCCAGGAAAAAUUGGUACAAGAAGCCGUGGAUACACUUCUUGAUAGUGGGUCCCGCGGGCAACCGACGAGGGAUGGUCACAAUAAAGUAUACAAAUCACUUUCAGAUGUAAUUGAGGGUAAAGAGGGGAGGUUUCGCGAGACUCUGCUUGGGAAACGGGUCGAUUACUCGGGGCGUUCUGUCAUUGUUGUGGGUCCUUCGCUUUCAUUACAUCAAUGUGGAUUACCUCUAGAGAUAGCAAUAAAGCUUUUUCAGCUAUUUGUAAUUCGCGAUUUAAUCACGAAACGUGCUACUUCUAAUGUCAGGAUUGCUAAAAGGAAAAUUUGGGAAAAGGAACCCAUUGUAUGGGAAAUACUUCAAGAAGUUAUGCGGGGACAUCCUGUACUGUUGAACAGAGCACCUACCCUGCAUAGAUUAGGCAUACAGGCCUUCCAACCCACUUUAGUAGAGGGACGUACUAUUUGUUUACAUCCAUUAGUGUGUAAGGGUUUCAAUGCGGACUUUGAUGGGGAUCAAAUGGCUGUUCACCUACCUUUAUCCUUGGAAGCUCAGGCGGAAGCCCGUUUACUUAUGUUUUCUCAUAUGAAUCUCCUGUCUCCCGCUAUUGGAGAUCCUAUUUGCGUGCCAACCCAAGACAUGCUUAUCGGACUUUAUGUAUUAACGAUUGGAAACCGUCUAGGUAUUUGUGCAAAUAGAUAUAAUAGUUGCGGAAACUCUCCAAAUAAAAAAGUAAACUACAAUAAUAACAAUUAUUAUAAGUAUACGAAAGAUAAAGAACCCCAUUUUUCUAGUUCCUAUGAUGCACUGGGAGCUUAUAGACAAAAACGAAUCGGUUUAAACAGUCCCUUGUGGCUCCGAUGGAAACUAGAUCAACGCAUCGUUGGGUCAAGAGAAGUUCCGAUUGAAGUUCAAUAUGAAUCUUUUGGGACUUAUCAUGAGAUUUAUGCCCACUAUCUAGUAGUGGGAAAUAGAAAAAAAGAAAUCCGUUCUAUAUACAUUCGAACCACUCUUGGUCAUAUUUCUUUUUAUAGAGAAAUAGAGGAAGCCAUACAAGGAUUUAGUCGGGCCUAUUCAUACACUAUCUAAACAAGGAAGUUAGAUUCGGCGAUGCCCCUUUCGGGGGGCAUUCCGAUUUCGCUAGUACCAUCUUUUUUGCCGCGCAAAUCCAGAUUGAGAUUGAGGAAAGGGAGUAAAUUAAGUUUUCGAAUCACUGACUCAGGCCCAUUGUCGAAUCCUACUCAGCAAUUGUCGAAUCCUACUCAGCCAAAAAAAGGGGGUACUUAUGUAUGGCAGAACGGGCCAACCUGGUCUUUCAUAAUAAAGAGAUAGACGGAACUGCUAUGAAACGGCUUAUUAGCAGAUUAAUAGAUCAUUUCGGAAUGGGAUAUACAUCCCAUAUACUGGAUCAAAUAAAGACUCUGGGCUUCCAUCAAGCCACUACUACAUCGAUUUCUUUAGGAAUCGAGGAUCUUUUAACAAUACCCUCUAAAGGAUGGUUAGUCCAAGACGCGGAACAACAGAGUUUUCUUUUGGAGAAACACUAUUAUUAUGGAGCUAUACACGCGGUAGAAAAAUUACGCCAAUCCGUUGAGAUAUGGUAUGCUACAAGUGAAUAUUUGAAACAAGAAAUGAAUUCGAAUUUUCGAAUAACGGAUCCUUCUAAUCCAGUCUAUCUAAUGUCUUUUUCAGGAGCCAGAGGAAAUGCAUCUCAGGUACACCAAUUAGUAGGUAUGAGAGGGUUAAUGGCGGAUCCUCAAGGACAAAUGAUUGAUUUACCUAUUCAAAGCAAUUUACGCGAGGGACUUUCUUUGACAGAAUAUAUAAUUUCCUGCUACGGAGCCCGAAAAGGGGUUGUAGAUACUGCUGUACGAACAGCGGAUGCUGGCUAUCUUACACGUAGACUUGUUGAAGUAGUUCAACAUAUUAUUGUGCGUAGAAGAGAUUGUGGUACUAUCCAAGGUAUUUCUGUGAGUCCUCAAAAUGGGAUGACGGAAAAACUUUUUGUCCAAACACUAAUUGGUCGUGUAUUAGCAGACGAUAUAUAUAUUGGUUCACGAUGCAUUGCUUCUCGAAAUCAAGAUAUUGGAAUUGGAUUAGUCAAUCGAUUCAUAACUGCCUUUCGAGCACAACCGUUUCGAGCACAACCAAUAUAUAUUAGAACCCCCUUUACUUGCCGGAGCACAUCUUGGAUCUGUCAAUUAUGUUAUGGGCGGAGUCCCACUCAUGGGGAUCUGGUCGAAUUGGGGGAAGCUGUAGGUAUUAUUGCGGGUCAAUCAAUUGGGGAGCCGGGGACUCAAUUAACAUUAAGAACUUUUCAUACUGGUGGAGUAUUCACAGGGGGUACUGCCGACCUUAUACGAUCCCCCUCGAAUGGAAAAAUCCAAUUCAAUGAGGAUUUGGUUCACCCCACACGUACCCGUCAUGGGCAGCCUGCUUUUCUAUGCUAUAUAGACUUGCAUGUAACUAUUCAGAGUCAGGAUAUUCUACAUAGUGUGAAUAUUCCGUUAAAAAGCUUGAUUCUAGUGCAAAAUGAUCAAUAUGUAGAAUCUGAACAAGUAAUUGCGGAGAUUCGUGCCGGAACGUCCACUUUGCAUUUUAAAGAAAAGGUACAAAAGCAUAUUUAUUCCGAAUCAGACGGGGAAAUGCACUGGAGUACUGAUGUUUACCAUGCGCCCGAAUAUCAAUAUGGUAAUCUUCGUCGAUUACCAAAAACAAGCCAUUUAUGGAUAUUGUCAGUAAGUAUGUGCAGAUCCAGUAUAGCAUCUUUUUCGCUGCACAAGGAUCAAGAUCAAAUGAAUACUUAUUCUUUUUCUGUUGAUGGAAGAUAUAUCUUUGACUUCUCAAUGGCUAAUGAUCAAGUAAGCCAUAGACUGUUGGAUACUUUUGGUAAAAAAGAUAGAGAAAUUCUUGAUUAUUUAACGCCAGAUCGAAUCGUGUUCAACGGUCAUUGGAAUUGUUUCUAUCCUUCCAUUCUUCAAGAUAAUUCAGAUUUGUUGGCGAAAAAGCGAAGAAAUAGGCUCGUCGUUCCAUUACAAUAUCAUCAAGAACAAGAAAAAGAGCGAAUAUCCUGUUUGGGUAUUUCAAUGGAAAUACCCUUUAUGGGUGUUUUACGUAGAAAUACUAUUUUUGCUUAUUUUGACGAUCCACGAUACAGAAAAGAUAAAAGGGGUUCAGGAAUUGUUAAAUUUAGAUAUAGGACCCUGGAGGAAGAAUAUCGGACCCAAGAGGAAGAGUAUAGGACUCGAGAGGAAGAAUAUCGGACUCGAGAGGAAGACUCAGAAGACGAAUAUGAGAGCCCAGAGAACAAAUAUAGGACCCGAGAGGGAGAGGGCGAAUAUAAAAUCCUAGAAGACGAAUAUAGGACUCUAGAGGACGAAUAUGAAACCCUAGAAGAUGAAUAUGGGAUCCUAGAGGACGAAUAUAGGACUCUAGAGAAAGACUCAGAGGAAGAAUAUGGGAGCCUAGAGAACAAAUAUAGGACUCGAGAGGGAGAGGGCGAAUAUGAAAUCCUAGAGGAAGAAUCAGAAGAAGAAUAUGGGAGCUCUGAAGAUGGCUCAGAGAAGGAAUAUGGGACUUUAGAAGAAGACUCAGAAGAAGACUCAGAGGAAGACUCAGAAGACGAAUAUGGGAGCCCGGAGGAAGAUUCUAUCUUAAAAAAAGAGGGUUUUAUUGAGCAUCGAGGAACAAAAGAAUUUAGUCUAAAAUACCAAAAAGAAGUAGAUCGGUUUUUUUUCAUUCUUCAAGAACUGCAUAUCUUGCCGAGAUCCUCAUCCCUAAAGGUACUUGACAAUAGUAUUAUUGGAGUCGAUACACAACUCACAAAAAAUACAAGAAGUCGACUAGGUGGAUUGGUCCGAGUGAAGAGAAAAAAAAGCCAUACAGAACUCAAAAUCUUUUCCGGAGAUAUUCAUUUUCCUGAAGAGGCGGAUAAGAUAUUAGGUGGCAGUUUGAUACCACCAGAAAGAGAAAAAAAAGAUUCUAAGGAAUCAAAAAAAAGGAAAAAUUGGGUUUAUGUUCAACGGAAAAAAUUUCUCAAAAGCAAGGAAAAGUAUUUUGUUUCGGUUCGACCUGCAGUCGCAUAUGAAAUGGACGAAGGGAUAAAUUUAGCAACACUUUUCCCGCAGGAUCUCCUGCAAGAAGAGGAUAAUCUCCAACUUCGACUUGUCAAUUUUAUUUCUCAUGAAAAUAGCAAGUUAACUCAAAGAAUUUAUCACACGAAUAGUCAAUUCGUUCGAACUUGCUUAGUAGUGAAUUGGGAACAAGAAGAAAAAGAGGGAGCUCGUGCUUCUCUUGUUGAGGUAAAAACAAAUGAUCUAAUUCGCGAUUUCCUAAGAAUUGAGUUAGUCAAGUCUACUAUUUUGUAUACACGAAGAAGGUAUGAUAGGACAAGUGUAGGAUUGAUUCCCAAUAAUAGGUUAGAUCGCAACAAUACCAAUUCCUUUUAUUCCAAGGCGAAGAUUCAAUCACUUAGCCAACAUCAAGAAGUUAUUGGCACCUUGUUGAAUCGAAAUAAAGAAUAUCCAUCUUUGAUGAUUUUGUUGGCAUCCAACUGUUCUCGAAUUGGUUUAUUCAAGAAUUCUAAAUAUCCCAAUGCGGUAAAAGAAUCGAAUCCUAGAAUUCCUAUUCGAGAUAUUUUUGGGCUCUUAGGCGUUAUUGUACCUAGUAUAUCGAAUUUUUCUUCAUCUUACUAUUUAUUAACGCAUAAUCAGAUCUUGUUAAAAAAAUACUUGUUCCUUGACAAUUUGAAACAAACCUUACAAGUACUUCAAGGACUUAAAUACUCUUUAAUAGACGAAAAUAAAAGGAUUUCGAAUUUUGACAGUAACAUCAUGUUGGAGCCAUUCCAUUUGAAUUGGCACUUUCUCCAUCAUGACUCAUGGGAAGAGACAUUGGCAAUAAUUCACCUUGGACAAUUUAUUUGUGAAAAUUUAUGUCUAUUUAAAUUACACAUAAAAAAAUCUGGUCAAAUUUUCAUUGUUAAUAUGGACUCCUUUGUUCUAAGAGCAGCUAAGCCUUAUUUGGCCACUAUAGGAGCAACUGUUCAUGGUCAUUAUGGAAAAAUCCUUUACAAAGGAGAUAGGUUAGUUACGUUUAUAUAUGAAAAAUCGAGAUCCAGUGAUAUAACGCAAGGUCUUCCAAAAGUAGAACAAAUCUUCGAAGCGCGUUCAAUUGAUUCACUAUCGCCGAAUCUCGAAAGGAGAAUUGAGGAUUGGAAUGAACGUAUACCAAGAAUUCUUGGGGUUCCCUGGGGAUUCUUGAUUGGAGCUGAGCUAACCAUAGCCCAAAGUCGUAUCUCUUUGGUUAAUAAGAUCCAAAAGGUUUAUCGAUCCCAAGGGGUACAGAUCCAUAAUAGACAUAUAGAGAUUAUUAUACGCCAAGUAACAUCAAAAGUAAGGGUUUCCGAAGAUGGAAUGUCUAAUGUUUUUUUACCUGGGGAAUUAAUAGGACUAUUGCGAGCGGAACGAGCAGGGCGGGCUUUAGAUGAAUCGAUCUAUUAUCGGGCAAUCUUAUUGGGAAUAACAAGGGCUUCCCUGAAUACCCAAAGUUUCAUAUCUGAAGCAAGUUUUCAAGAAACUGCUCGAGUUUUAGCAAAAGCUGCCCUACGAGGUCGUAUUGAUUGGUUGAAAGGUCUGAAAGAAAACGUAGUUCUGGGGGGGAUUAUACCUGUUGGUACCGGAUUCCAAAAAUUUGUGCAUCGUUCCCCACAAGACAAGAACCUUUAUUUAGAAAUUCAAAAAAAAAAUCUAUUCGCGUCGGAAAUGAGAGAUAUUUUGUUUCUCCAUACAGAAUUAGUUUCUUCUGAUUCUGACGUAACAAACAAUUUCUAUGAAACAUCAGAGACCCCGUUUACCCCUAUUUAUACGAUUUAAGUAUACAUAAAGCAAUUUUUUUUACUUUAAUUUAAACUAUACUUUUGACCUUAGAAUGCUAACAGGUCUGAUUUUCGAUUUUGUACUUAAAUUUAAAUUGUAUUUUAAUAAGUAAAAGAAGUCAGUUAAUUCAUUAAGGCUAUGUUUAUACCGUGUAUCAAUGGUCAAGAAGGUUCCAUUGGAACAAUUAUUAUUUAUUUCAAGCUAUUUCGGCUCUUUCUUAAUCUUCAAAAAGAAAUGAAUUCCGUAAUGGUAACACGAAAAAAGAAAAAAAAAGGAAGUGUGGAAAAAAUGACAAGAAGAUAUUGGAACAUCAAUUUGAAAGAGAUGAUAGAAGCGGGAGUUCAUUUUGGUCAUGGUAUUAAGAAAUGGAAUCCCAAAAUGGCCCCUUACAUCUCGGCAAAGCGUAAAGGUACUCAUAUUACAAAUCUUGCUAGAACAGCUCGUUUUUUAUCAGAAGCUUGUGAUUUAGUUUUUGAUGCAGCAAGUCAGGGAAAAAGCUUCUUAAUUGUUGGUACCAAAAAAAGAGCAGCGGAUUUAGUAGCAUCAGCUGCAAUAAGGUCUCGUUGUCAUUAUGUUAAUAAAAAGUGGUUCAGCGGUAUGUUAACGAAUUGGUCGAUUACCAAAACUAGACUUUCUCAAUUUAGAGACUUAAGAGCAGAAGAAAAAAUGGGAAAAUUCCACCAUCUCCCAAAAAGAGAUGCGGCAAUCUUAAAGAGAAAAUUAUCUACCUUGCAAAGAUAUCUCGGCGGGAUCAAAUAUAUGACGAGGUUGCCUGACAUUGUGAUCGUCCUUGAUCAGCAAAAAGAGUAUAUAGCUCUUCAGGAAUGUGCCAUUUUGGGGAUUCCUACUAUUUCUUUAGUCGAUACAAAUUGUGACCCAGAUCUUGCGAAUAUAUCGAUUCCUGCCAACGAUGACACUAUGACUUCAAUUCGAUUAAUUCUUAACAAAUUAGUAUUUGCAAUUUCUGAGGGCCGUUCUCUCUAUAUAAGAAAUCGUUGAUUAAGAAGAAUAGUGAAUUCUUGAGCAACUGCGUAGAUUUAUAGGAUUAAUUACUAUUCUUUUUUGUUUUGCAUAGAUAAAAGAAGGGAAAUAUUGAUAUAUAUUAGAGGGUAUUGAUAUAUAUUAUGAUCUGAUGUGAUUUCUUGGUAUAUUAAAUAUAAGAUUAAUACUUCAAGUUGCUGAGUUGAGAAAGAGAUGCUUGAAUCAAAAGAAUUCCUUUUUUGAAGUUCAAUUUUUAUCAGAGGACAAUAUGAAUAUUACACCAUGUUCCAUUAAAACACUCAAGGGGUUAUAUGAUAUAUCGGGUGUAGAAGUAGGGCAACACUUCUAUUGGCAAAUAGGAGGUUUCCAAAUUCAUGCCCAAGUACUCAUCACUUCUUGGGUCGUAAUUACUAUUUUGCUAGGUUCAGUUAUCAUAGCUGUUCGGAAUCCACAAACCAUCCCGACCGAUGGUCAGAAUUUCUUCGAAUAUGUCCUUGAGUUUAUUCGAGACUUGAGCAAAACUCAGAUUGGAGAAGAAUAUGGUCCCUGGGUUCCCUUUAUUGGAACUAUGUUCCUUUUUAUUUUUGUUUCGAAUUGGUCAGGUGCUCUUUUACCUUGGAAAAUUAUAGAGUUACCCCAUGGGGAAUUAGCAGCGCCCACGAAUGAUAUAAAUACUACUGUUGCUUUAGCUUUACUAACAUCAGCGGCAUAUUUUUAUGCGGGUCUUAGCAAAAAAGGAUUGAGUUAUUUCGAAAAAUAUAUUAAACCAACCCCAAUCCUUUUACCUAUUAACAUCCUAGAAGAUUUCACAAAACCAUUAUCACUUAGUUUUCGACUUUUCGGAAAUAUAUUGGCGGAUGAAUUAGUCGUUGUUGUUCUUGUUUCUUUAGUCCCCUUAGUAGUCCCUAUACCGGUCAUGUUUCUUGGAUUAUUUACAAGCGGUAUUCAAGCUCUUAUUUUUGCAACGUUAGCCGCAGCCUAUAUAGGUGAAUCCAUGGAAGGUCAUCAUUGAAUUAACUAGUUUUUGAAAUAGUCUUUCUUUUUUUAGCUUAGCCCAAUUCAUGCAUGAUUCCGGAUAAUCCUCUUAGUUGGAAAACUAAAUAGUUCGAAAGGCGUAUGAAUAUACAACCUAGAGUUGUAGGAGAGAGAAUAGACUAUAUUAUGGAAGAGGUAAAGUAUAUAUGCAUUCAGGGGGGCCAAGUCAGGUUAGAUCUAUAUCUUUAAUGCCUAUAAGACAGUCAUCUUUUGUGUGGCUUUCUAAAGAAUGAUUUUAGAAUCGGAUUCAAUAGAAAAUGAGAAAAUAGGCAAACAAAAUAGAAGAAACAAAUGUAUAUGGGAUUUUUUUUAUUCCUAAGUUAGAUUCAUUAUCUAAUCCGAUAUAUAGAAUUCCCUUCUAUAUGGAACUGGAUUCCAUAUCUAGUUCUAUGCAGCAUAUUGUUAUCAAUUGUAUAUCUUGAUUUGAUUCCUAUUGGAUUUGGAUUAGUUCGAUUUCAAUAGGGGUUCUUCCUGUAUUUCGUCUUUUAUUAUGUUAGAUGAAGGGGAAAAAAUGGGAACUCAAAGAUAUCGAAGAGUAAAAAAAAGGAUGGAAUAAAAGAGUGAUUGGUUGAAAAGAAAGAGAAAUAGAAUAAUGAGAAUCAUAUGGAUUUACACAAACCUCUAAUGAUUAGAAACUAAAAACGAGAUCUCGAAGUAAUUCGAACGAUUUCGAUUAUCAUUUAUUUGUACUUAUUAGUUACUUCUACCCGAUAGAGCUUAGAAGUUGGAAGUAAUAAUUUCUUGGUUGAUUGUAUCCUUAACCAUUUCUUUUUUUUUGACACGAGGAACUCAUCAUGAAUCCACUAAUUGCUGCUGCUUCCGUUAUUGCUGCUGGAUUGGCCGUAGGGCUUGCUUCUAUUGGGCCCGGAGUUGGUCAAGGUACUGCUGCAGGACAAGCUGUAGAAGGUAUUGCGAGACAGCCAGAAGCAGAAGGUAAAAUAAGAGGUACUUUAUUGCUUAGUCUAGCUUUUAUGGAAGCUUUAACAAUUUAUGGACUGGUUGUGGCACUAGCGCUUUUAUUUGCGAACCCUUUUGUUUAAUCCUAAAAAAGAAAAUGAGUCCUUUAGAUUAGAUACUUUUUUCUUUUUUUAGUACAUUGGCAUUUGCUUAUGUAAUUCUAAGUAUAUCAAUACUUUACUUUACUCCUAUUUAUUAUAUUAUUUCUUUUUUAUAUUAUUCCGGAAAUUUUGUAUUUAUCGGGACAGACAAUACCCUAGGAACCCCAAGAAGGGCUGAUUUGAGCAUGAUCAAUUUAGAGGAUAUGCUCGCCCUCUUCCUUCCCGUCCUUAGUUUAGGACAGUGGAAAGUAUUUUUCCUUUUAUUUUAGGAAUUUUGGGAACAUUUCAACAAAGGAGAUCUUUCACAGGUCAAACGAGACCUAAGACUUAAUCUAAAAGAAAUUAUUAGAUUGAAUCUAUUUGCAUUAAAAAAACCGAUCAAAAAAGGACGAGCGAAGUAAGUAAUCGAAAAACUUUCUUCUUUGUUCGUCCUAUCUAUAAGAGGAGAGCAUAUGAAAAAUGUAACCCAUUCUUUUGUUUUUUUAGCUCACUGGCCAUUCGCUGGGAGUUUCGGGCUUAAUACCGAUAUUUUAGCAACAAAUCUAAUAAAUCUAACUGUAGUGGUUGGUGUAUUGAUUUUUUUUGGAAAGGGAGUGUGUGCGAGUUGUCUAUUUCAAGAAUAGAUUGGAUCUAUCCGGCUGCACUUUAGAAUAUUUUUAGUAUUUUUUUUGAUAAAUAAGAAAAGGUGCACGAUCUCGACGAAUUACUUCUGAAUAACUUCAGAAAUCAUAUGGAAGAACCAUAGCAUUUCGCGAUUCAUUGGUAAAUUUACUUUGAUUCUCUAUAGACCAAUAAUGUGAGACCAUUAACACGGUUAAAGCUAAACUGCUUGAAGUCCGGGCAAAAAGGGGUACUCUUUCUACAACUACAUUAGUAUUAGUCUCGAAAUGCUUUAAACGGGAAAUAGCUAGUGUAGAAUUUAUCUGAUAUAGAACACUCAUAUCGAUAAAAUAGUUUGAACUAUUUACUAGAAGGGCACGCAGCCCUUUUUCCAAUGCCAAAUCGACGACCUAUGUAUAAAAAAAAGAGAAAUUUUUUGGAUUUGAAGAAAAAAUAAAAGGAAUUCUAUCAAUUUUUAUUUUCCAUUUAUUUAGUUAGUUUUUCUUAAUGAAAUUGAAAUUAUUAACUAACAGAGCAAACACAAAUAAAGAAACAACUUUGCUGACCAUGAUAGAUUUUUAUCUAGUUGGAAGAGUCCUCUUAAUAUUCAUCUAGUCUUAUAUAAGUUUGGGUAUAUAGAAAUACAAACAGAAAAGAGAGGAUAGAGGAUAGGCUCAUUACAUAAAAAAAAGAUAUGGAAAUAGCCAUAAUACAUAACAAAAAAGAAAAAAAGGAGCGGGAGAGCCAAAUGAAUCGAAAGAUUCAUGUUUGGUUCGGGAAGAGAUCAUAAAAAUUGUAAACUUAAUAGCAAGAUAAUCUACUUUCAUUAAAAGAUUUAUUAGAUAAUCGAAAACAGAGGAUUUUAAGUACUAUUCGAAAUUCGGAAGAAUUGCGUAAAGGGACCCUUGAACAACUCGAAAAAGCUCGUAUUCGAUUACAGAAAGUCGAACUGGAAGCAGAUGAGUAUCGAAUGAAUGGAUACUCUGAAAUAGAACGAGAAAAAGAAAAUUUGAUUAAUGCUACUUCUAUUAGUUUGGAACAAUUAGAAAAGUCUAAAAACGAAACCCUUUAUUUUGAAAAACAAAGGGCGAUGAAUCAGGUCCGACAACGGGUUUUCCAACAAGCUGUACAAGGAGCUCUAGGAACUCUGAAUAGUUGUUUGAAUACCGAGUUACAUUUCCGUACGAUUCGUGCUAAUAUUGGCAUUCUCGGGGCCAUAGAAUGGAAGAGAUAAUUCAAUUUAUUAGGUUUUGAACUUCUACUUUUGUUUAGAAUUUAGGCAUUAUUUUUCCCUUGCUUCCAAAAAAAAAAAAA